AUGGACAAAUUCCUUAUAAAAGCACCAAUACGAACAACGCGUUUGAGUGCAGCCAGUGCCUCACGAAAGAUCACUUCUCAGCUGGGGCCUGAUGAUGAGCUGGCUGUUCCUGAUGAAAAGCGAGCAUUAAAACGCCCUUCUCCUCGUCCGGAUGAAGAUUUUGACGCGUCUGAAUCGGAAGGAGACGCGACUCCUGAAAACGACACCAAGCAGCCUGCACCGAAAAAGAGGAAAACGCAGCCUUCAAGGAGUAAAGCUGAAACUUCAAAGAUUCAUGAAUCUCUAUUUUCUUCAAAAGGGGAGACAAGUUCAACGUCAUGCACUCCUCCAUCCAGGCGACACCAGAUCACAUAUCACCGACCAUUAAUGCUGAAAGAGCCCUCUUCUCGACAGGCGCUUCUCACAUGGUUUGACGGUGUCAGUACCAAACGUUCAAUGCCAUGGCGCAAGGCCUGGAUAAAUCCGAAAGAUCAUGGUCAAGAUGAACUUCGGGAUCUUUUAGAGCGACGAGCAUAUGAGGUCUGGAUUAGUGAAAUUAUGCUGCAGCAAACACGGGUGGCUGUAGUCAUCGACUAUUGGAACAAGUGGAUGGGCAAGUGGCCUACAAUUCAUGACCUCGCUGCUGCAAGUGCCGACGAUGUUCUCAGUGCUUGGCGUGGGUUGGGCUACUACAGUAGAGCGACACGGAUUCACGAGGCAGCAAAGCUAGUGGUGAACGACUCGGUAAUGAAGGGGCUACUACCUUCUAAUACCAAAGACCUCGAGGACAAGGUUCCUGGUGUCGGGAGAUACACUGCUGGUGCUAUCUCAUCCAUUGUCUUUGGAAGGGCAGCACCCAUGGUGGAUGGAAACGUUUUGCGAGUACUGAGUCGACAGCUUGGGCUGUUUGGCAACGUCAAGUCGAACAAAACCGUCAUUGAUACAUUAUGGGCUGCUGCCGACGCCCUCGUGAAAGCUAUCGCGCGAGAUGGAACCGACAAGCAGGAGGGCGAAGAAGUCGAGACAAGUGAUCGGCCAGGGAGAUGGGGACAAGCACUUAUGGAACUCGGAAGUACUAUCUGUAUUCCUAAGCCGAACUGCUCCGAAUGCCCCAUCACUUCAACCUGUCGCGUACAUGCCGAAGGAAAGACGCUGGUCUCAGGCAAAAGUCAAGACGCGAAGAUUGGAGAUAUCGAAGACAUGUGUGACCUCUGCGAAUCUUUCGAAGAAGAAACCUUGGACGAGACGGAAGUCAAAGUGGAGGACACCCAGGCGUCGAAGAAGACCACAGCCAAGGGAGGUCAAGGCAAGCAGAUGACACUCUCGGCGUUCGCAUUCAAGGGGCCGACUGAAGACAAACCAGCUACGGCCAAGGCGAAAGCAGCCACCAGUCCCCGCGAUAUGGAGACAAUUGUCGAUCACGCACGCAAAUUCCCACUCAAGGUGAUCAAGAAAGCCGUGAGGGAAGAAGAAACCUUGGUGUGCGUGAUCCGUCGAGCUGAUGGCCAAUACUUGAUCCAGAAGCGCCCAGAAAAGGGGCUUUUAGCUGGUCUUUGGGAGUUUCCGAGCCAUAUCCUCCAAGACGCCAAGGAAGGUAGCACACCAGCAAAGAGACGCUCAAAAGCGCUAGCAUAUGUCUCCAAGCUCGCUGGUGAACACGGAGACAAAGCAGUGAAACCCAAACAUGUGGCCGACUUGGGCAGUGUACCCUGGCUUUUUUCUCAUAUAAAGCUCACGAUGCACGUUCAUCUCUUUACGCUCGAAGAUGGCAGUUUGGGUGAUACUAAGUCGUUAACUAAGGAUCGUUUGAGGUGGGCAACAAGUGAAGCCGUUGACGCAGAGUCGAUGGGAACCGGAAUGCGCAAGUGCUGGGCACUUGCAAAGGAUCAGGAAUAA